UCGGACACACAGGAGUGUACGCUUAAAAACACACUGUCGUAAAACAAGUCGUGCAACAGCAUGACGGCAGCUGAACCGCUUUGCGGACAGGGUUUUCUGGUUGUCAUGUAACUGUGGUACUGGGUCGCCGUCCUUGCAAAGAUGUUCAGAACAUAUGCUACCUACUGAAGUCUGCAGCACCGAACUCACACAAAAUCAGUCAAGAGCAAGAAACGUGACAUGGCGUCUCGCCUCCUCAAGUACUCAGUGCUUCUUCAGAAGUACCGGACUCCGCUGCUCAUUGCAAGCUGUGGCGGAGCCUUUGCAGCCAACAUGUUCUACCAUGUUUUCCCUGACAAGUCCUACCGUCAACUGUAUCAGGCCUGGUACAAAGGAGAGCCGGUCACACUCUCUGAAAAGCUGGAGGAGGUUUUCCAGCAGGUGUUGAAGGAUUAUGGUAUCAGCUCAACCAAGAAUUUCUCAGCCUUUGCCUCCUUUGGGUUCCAUCCGGUUGGCGCUGGUGUCCCUUGGCUCCCUGCGGGGGCCCAAAUUGGCAUCCCAGCAAACUUUAACAGCACAGGCGAUGACUUGAGUGGAAUCACCAACCGCAGCAUUUUCAUCAACGGCAAAACGGUGGACUGGAGCAGCGAUACUGGCUCUGAGCUCAAGGAGGCACUGACGUUCUCCCUUGAGGCACAGAAGUUUGCCAUAGCGAGAGAGUUGGCCCGCUUGCAGUCCGGAGGACCUGUUCUGAAUGCUGCUGUUGCCCCAUUCUGCCUGGGUGGGGUUUGGGUGUACAGCGUGGUGUUGAAGCAGGUGUUCGGGCUCCACGCGGGGCCUGCGCUGCUUCGCGGAGCUGUGAACGUUUUGGCACUAGGCCUCGGCGCCGUGUCUUACUUCCUCACCUCGGAUGCUGUCAGCCAGUGGAUUGACUAUAGCUCAGACAGACGUGCUGCUGGAGUGUCGCGCAAUUAUGCUAAAGGAGGGGUAGAGUUUUAUGAUAAGAUUCUGUCCAGAAACAAGACUCUGCGCUCUCUGAUGGGCCAGAAGGGAGAGGAGAUGUAUGCUCCCAGUGGGAACUUGUUUCCUGCUAACCUCCUUCAGCUGAAACACACACCGUACACAUCCAGGAGGGAAGGGAUCCUUGCUCUGCUGAAAGAGGAGAAAUUUUGAAAAAGGGAGGAGGGCUGUUAUGUUGAGAAUUAAAAUCAAUGUCACAGGGCCUCACAUGAACAACUGCAAUGAUCUACUGUAAAUUGUGCUUAUCUCUGAAUAGGCCGUAGUUGUAUAUAUAUUGUAUAGGUAUGUAUGUACAUGUAUGAUAUAUAUACACACUGUAUGUCUUUGCCAUGCAGAAUGAGGUCUCAUUUUUUUGGCUCUAGAUAUUACAACUACAACCUGCUAGGAAUGAUCAGUGUUGCAAAACACUUAGUUUAACAGGUCGGUUUGUCCCAAAAUACAAAAAAACAUAUUUCUUCACUUACAUUUAUUGGUAUAUAGCCAUACAUAUAGUUUUAUUAUCCUGAGUAAUAUUGUUUCCCAAAACACAUUGUUUUUAGAUUUUGUAAUUGCAAUUUUUGAAGAGAUAGUGGUGUAACAGAAUCUGGUUGAUGCAGUGUUUUCCCAGUACACCUAUAUAAAAGCUCCAUCUUUAUGUCUUUUCCUGUGCUCUAUUUACCUACUCAUCUGUUUGUCCUUUUAUGAAUAACAUCAACUUGAUCAUCUAAUAUCGCUAUAAUGAACAGCAAUGUUCUGUUAUGCUUCUCAGCUCAGGUCUCAAAUUACCCUUAAGGAGAGUAACACUCUGCAUACCCGCACAUCAUUUGCAUGACCCUAACUAAUUUGUUUAGUGAUAAUAAUCUUAAUAUGCAGCUUAUGGUGACUCAGAACUCAUCGUAUAUCAUCCAAGUUCCCUUAGGUUGUCUGUCUGCAUAUUAACAAGGUUCAGAUAUGGUGUUUUAAUUACAUUUCCAAUCUUAUACCCUGUGGACUGAACUAAAUAUAGCAGCAUUUAAUUAUUAGUGUUGCAGACAGACAUGCAUUGACACUUUUUACAUCAUUGUCCUUAGGUAGACCAUUCCCUAGAAGUAGCUUCAAAGUGGAAAUUCAUCCUGUGGUUUUUCUCUAUUGGGCAAAUGGGAUAAACACUAGAAGGCACACGUUCUGAUAAAACCUGGACAUAAAACGUAUGCAGACGGCAGAACUGGUAGAGUAUCGGCACUGUUUUUAAUCAGGACAGCUUGGGCUCAGUGUUCUCUGACAGCGACUGUCCUCUCUAUGUUUUUGCCCUUGAGCAAGAACCUGAAUUUGUUCCAGAUCCAUGGUUAUGGCAGAUUGUAAACUUUGACUUUCUGCACUCUUCGAGAAAUGCUUUCCCAAAUACAUGAACUAAACAUUUUUAUUGUUCCAAAACAAUCCCCUUAUCAUCAGUUCAUCCUAAAUUGAAAACACAGUUGAAAAAAAAGUUGGAAAAAAAAUGAAUGUUCUUUUCAAAAAGAAGACAAAGAAAAUAAAUUUGAAUUUUUAGGUCUACUCCAUCA